AUGGAGAUUACACUUGAGGAGGAAAACAGCAAGUCAUCAGCAAACUUUGAGUUCGAAGGCGCUCACCAGGCGUUCAGGGAUCGCUGGAAAAAGACAGACGACACCAUGUGCCGCCACAGCAUGUCCUUCCACCUGCACCACACGCUGAGGAGCGAGUUCUUUGCCAGCUACCUGUACCUGCUGGAGAAGAUCCCCGUGGUGAAGCUGUUCCCGGUCACCUGUGAGUACAUCAAAGGUGAGAAGCAGUUCUACUACAGAGCUCAGAAGUUCUACGAAGACGUCCCCGCCUCGGAGGAAGGCAUGAUGGGAGAUUUUGUUGAGAUAUCCAACGUUGAUCUGGAAGGUUCCCGUGAGUUUCUGAAGAGGUUUGUGGGUCCUGGCAAGGCCGAUACACACUGUGCUUUGGAUUGUGGAAGUGGGAUCGGCCGUGUGUCUAAAGGAGUCCUUCUUCCCGUGUUCGAGAAAAUGGAGUUGGUGGACAUGAUGGAGCACUUCCUGCUCCAUGCACACGAGGAGUAUCUGGGUGACGACGCUGACCGCAUUGAGACCUACUACUGCUACAACCUGCAGGAGUUCACACCUCCGAAAAACAAAUACGAUGUCAUCUGGAUGCAGUGGGUGGCAUGCCACCUGACAGACAAGGACCUGAUGAACUUCCUAAUUCGUUGUAAGAAGAGUCUGCGUCCCAACGGUGUUAUUAUAAUGAAGGACAAUAUGGCGCGGCAGGGCUGCAAGCUGGACCCCAUCGACAGCAGCAUCAGCCGCCACCUGGACAUCAUGAGGGUCAUCAUUGCCAAAGCUGGCCUGGAGAUCCUGGCCGUGGAGAGGCAGGACGGCUUUCCGGAGGUCAUCAUGCCCGUCUGGAUGAUCGCUAUGAAGUAGAACAGACAAGUUUGCCGCUGACUUUUCAAAAAAUCUUGAUUUGUGAUAGCAUCUACAUCUAUGUGAAGUCCAAAAACAUAGGGGGAAAUCUCCACAGUGUCAUCAAGAGAUAAAUCCUGAAGCAGCAGUGUGGAUGAGAUGGAAGCACCCAGGAGGUUUUCUCUGCUCUGCACUGAAAUAAAAUAAUGCUCUCAGCAGGAUAUUUCGCUUGUUCACAAGCAGACAAACUGAAAGUCACCAUCAGUCACAGGUUUUAUACCUUGAUGACACUAAAGAGUCAAGCCUGGGCGCUCGGGGGGAAAAUGCUCGCUUCUGUCUGAAAGAUGAGGUUUACCUGAUUUACUGUUGGCUUUCUUCUCCUGGAGAAUUAUUUGUAUGAGCUGGCAAAAUGAAGCCCAUCAGAGAGCGAAAGUAUUAUGCUAGACUGGGUUUUAAUAGAUCUGACCUAACAUGUAGAUGUGGAUAUCUAAGCAGCAGUGUCUGAUCACAGGUCAUAUGGUUGACUAAAACUGGUAGAAAGGAUCAUUUGUGAACUGAGUACCUUUCAAGUCAUCCCAUGCAUGGGAGUAAAUAUUAACCUUGUUUAUCUUAGCUGAUAGUUUGAUCUGAUGUUAGAUAAGGGUCAGAAUACAGAUAGAUGGGUGGAUGGGCUUUAGGAAACCAUCAUGGUCUACAAGGCGAGGAUCUUGUGACAGACGGACAGUUGAAGAUAUUCAUUUUAUUUGCCUUUAAAAUUAGGAAAAUCCCCUUUUUUAAAAGUGUUUUUAAUGGGCAUUAGCAGCUGAUACCUCUCUGUACAUCUCCACUCUGAUCAUAACAGAAAACAAUCGACUGUGAACGAACCUCCUUCUGUCAUGUGACUACAUUUAUGUAAAAUCUCAGCUGGAAAUGAAGAUGGAAACAGAAAAUGUAGAAAAAUUGUUAUUACUUAAUCAAAAAGAGUUUUUUGUAGGUUCUAUUUACUACCUUUAUUUCUUUGUCAAGUUUUGUUUUAAUGACGUCUACAUUAUUCUUCCAGUUUGUAUUAAGAUACCCAUACCUCCAUCUUCUCACUACAUGAUGCUGCUUGGUGGAUAUUUAACAGUUUGCUUAAAAAUAGCUUAUUUAUUGAUUGAAAACAGAUCAUUUAACCCAAAAUAUGAUCAAUUUCUAAUCUUAACCUAUUACAGCCCUCCAUCCAUCCAUCCAUCCAUCCAUCCAUCCAUCCAUCCAUCCAUCCAUCCAUCCAAACUGUGUUAGCAUCUCAAGUUAGCUAGCUUUAGCACACCACAACAGCAUCACAUGCAAACUUAAAGUCUAAUUAGUUAAGUGUGUCUUGCAACUGAAAAAGGUUUACCUUGGUUCUGCAGAGACCUCUACGUGGGCCUACAAGCUGCUGUUCCCAUAAUCCUUCACUUUGCAUACAAUCAGCGCGAUGCUACUGAUGCAUGUUUUACCAUGAAUGGGCACUAAGAUGUUGGGAAUUAAGUUUGUGCCUCCAGAUGUCACUAAUUCUUACACACUAGGCCUUCAGCAACCUCUCUGAACACAGCAUGCAGUUUCUGUUACUUUAUAUUGUAGAUGUCACAUCGAGUGAACACAUCAGGUGUAAAUAUUGUUUUUGUGUAAAAAUGUGUUUUUUACCACUGCUUGUGAUAUUGCUCAUUGAUAGAUCUCUUUUUUUUACACUUCUCCCCAUGAAAAGCUUAAAUUUAUUCAGUUAUUGUGCUUUGCUAGCUUAAGUUAGGUUUGCCAGAACAGCAAUGAUACAGAUUUUUAGUGCAUUUAACUGUAACUUUAAUGUGCUGAUGAGAUUGAGCUGCAUUGUUU